CUCCUCCCAAUAGCCUACUUCAGGCUCAAACGCUUUAUAUCUUGGCCGGCGGCACCUUUUCUACCAAGCUUGAAUCAACUCACACUCACUUGCUCACUCACUUCCUUCCCACUCAGUCAUUCUUUUCUUAGCGACCGGUUCGCCUGAAGCCUUACAUUCUUUACUACUCCAUCUCACCAUCACCAUGCGUUACUCUUCCAUGGCUGUGCCUCUGGCCUUCGCUGCCCGCGCUGCCGCCACCACCGCUGACGCCUGGGCCUUCGGAAACGGCUUCUACACUGGUCCUCCCACCAAUGCGCACAUCACCAAGGCCACCUGGUCCCUCGUGCCUCCCGCCGUUCCCUCGGGCGUGACCGUUAAGAACACUGACGACGAGGUCUGGGUGUCUCUGUGGAUUGGUCUCUCCUCUACGGCCGGUGAUUACGAUGCCGAUCUGUACCAGCCUCUGCUGAACUGGUCUCCUGACAACGAGUCGCAGGGCUGCCCGGCCGAUGACGACGAGUGGUGUGUCGCUGCCAGCACGUACACUCCUGACGGUCAGAACGGCCAGGCCUACGUGACUGUCCCCACAAACACCCAGGUUGACUUUGAGGUCUACGUUGAGAACGACAAGGUCUACCAGGUUGUCACCAUGGAUGGCAAGACUGUCUCCAAGGAGAGCGAUGCCCUGGACAACCCUCUUCUCUACCUCUACUCUGGAGAUGAGUGCUACACCGGUUCCGGUGACUGCGGUACCCUCCAGUCUUACAGCUGGAACAACAUCACCAUUCACCUCAGCGCUGCUGACGAGACCUUCGGCAACACCGUUUCUCUGUACAGCGGCUCUUCCACGAACGGACUCUCUACCUCCGACGGUGGUAAGACCUGGCACACCGAUGCCAUCAAGAUCAACAAGGACACCUUCGCCGAUGUUGAGGCCUAAAGGUCUAUGGAUAUAUCCAGGAUAGUGUGUUGAAUUGACGAUUGGGGUAACAACUGCUAGUCAGCUGCUUUUUUCUUCUUUGCAUUUAUUGAAAAACGACACUUGCACCGUUCUCUUU